GUUUCCCGUAGAACAAGAAAGAGAAAAAGAACUCCAAAGCCAACCACAACAUUGACGGAUGUUGAAUGUUCCUCCUGAUGCUACUUGUUGUGGUCGGAAACCGGGCUCUGUUCUGUUGAUAUGGAAUUACGAGACUGAGAUAGGCUGAUGAAAGGGAAUACUUUCCCGUUGGGUCAGAUGAAAUGGCAGAGAAGAAAGAAGGAGGUGGUGGUUUAGCCUCUAAGUUUAAAAGAAAAGCCAGCAAAAAGGCGGCCCCGCUCAGCAGCGCCAGCAUGUCCACGGCGUCUCGGCCCGACCCUAAACUGUCCCCGACUCCAGAGGCUCGGUCGGCGACUCUUCCGUCCGGCACAGACCCCGGGGCGAUGGCCUUACACCAGUCGCCGAGCGAGGGCUUGUUCUCUAGGCUACGCCGCAGAUUUCGCAUGGGGAGUAAAGGCAAGUACGACUUAAAAACGUAUGAGGCUAGCUCCCCCACCAAACCGCGGAAACUAAGGCGUAAGAGUGACGAACCGUUUGUGACCGAGGAGGAGAAGGAGGAGGAGAUUCUCAGAGGGCGGAGUAAGCAUGUUAAUAAGGCGCAGUCUGUGAAGACGCCGAGGAGGGUGCGGUCGGAGAAGGAAGAAGUGAUCCUCAUUCGGAAGGAUAAACGAGUCAGUGUAAUCUGCAAGCCGGAGAACGGUGUGCCAGAGGUCAUCUUCUCCAACGUGGACAAUUCGGAUGAAGAUUCCUCGGAAGUUCUGACCGGAGGUGAGGAGGAUCCGUAUGCUACGAUCAGCUCGAUCAAAGAAGAAAAUCGCCGGCGUGUUGCUAGCAUGAAGGCUGUGUCUAAUGGGAAAGUCGAAGACCAGAUUCGUGAUGGGUGCUCACCACGACCUGGCUCUGUUGACCGCAGUAAAAUGUCUCUAGGUCAAUUCCCGACAAGCUCCAACUCAGAUAAAAACAAGAAAGCCACAAUUAAGGAGGAUUAUCCCUAUGCUAAGAUAAAUUCUUCCAAGAAAAAGAAGGCGGUAUCACCACAAGAACAAGAAGUAAAUAUGCGCCCCCAUGUAUACGCGGAGGAGUUUAAUUCCCACGUCAGAGCUCGCAUGAAAAGCCGGUUGGAACCAGAUUAUGAGACUCUGGAUGACGUGAACCAGAGAAAAAGUGAGAUUGAGCAGAGAAACUCAUCAGGGCCUGUUGGUGCACAGGGGGGGAUUAGCAACGGAAGGGACACGUACGUCGAGGACCAGGAUGAGCAGGUGUGUGCUGUGAUAGACCCGGACUACGAGUCUCUGGAGGAAGUGAAACACAAAGUGGAGGAGACGGUGGCCUCUCUUCAAGGCAACAACAUAUUUGUGCACCCCGUGGCCACCCCGCAGUCGGGUCACGCCCACAGCACUGACGGACAGAAGGCUAGACUGUCCAACCACCAACCUCCUCCUAUCCCCUCGGAUGCCAGUGACAACGACCUUGACCCAGCGUUUGCCGACCCCUAUGCUGUCAUCGGUGAGGUGGUCAGCGCUGCCAAAUCCAUGGUGGCGGUGUCGGGCAACCUGCCUUCCUCUUCCCUGGACGGCCACGAGAGGAGGUCUUCCACCAGAGGAACGUCUCCACGGAGUUUAAGUCAGGCCUCGUUCGUCACACCAGACCAGGACCGGUCUUCUCUCACCUCUCCUAUGUCCAGCAGCUCCAUGGCACCCCUGGCCCCAUCAAUAGACUCGUCCUUACCACUGGAACUUGCUGCUGAGGGCACGCCCACUUCUCCAGAAGAAGAGGAAGAAGAGUGUUUGUAUGACAACCCCAACAUUAUUCUCCGUAAGCAUGGCGUUCGUCCGGGCUCAGAGUUCUACAGCACUUAUUCCUCGUCCCGCAGAGCUCAGACCGUUUCUGAACCUCCGUUACUGAAGACUCCUGCAGAGGAAGAACUGGUGGAGAAACUCAGCCUGGCCCUAGCUCCCCCUUUGCCGUUGAGAAACUACCAGAAGGAAGAGGCACAUCCGUGCAGAAGUGGUUGCUCUAGUGCAAGGCAUUCAUGGGCGUCUCAGUCUUCUGCCCGUAAUCUUGACCCUUCAGAUCCCAACCAUGGCAAAGCGUCAGAUAAUAAUAGUUUGCGGAGGGACGGCAGGAGAAAUUUGUCCCCAGCUUUUGUGCGUGAUUACCCCAAAUCUGCAGAGAACACGUUAAUGAAAGCAGGGAGGAAAAAGGUGAGCAGCAGUAAAAGUCACGAGGAGUUGUCGAGUGCUGGGGGGGAUUCAACUCAGGAAGUGAGUAAAGGAACAGUGAAUAACAAUGUGAAUAAUAGACUGAGUCCUUCGGUGGUCACCUCUGCUCUGAUUCGGAGUUUUCACGGUUGUGAACUGGCUCAUACUGUAGCUGGUACUGUGGAGGAAGAGCCCGGUGAAGGGACUCUCACUGAACGGACGGAUACUGUUGAAGAUUCAAAAUGUCUGUCUGCUUGUGGGUCGGAGUCUGAGCAUGAUCAAGAAAUUUGUGACAUAAUUACGCGCGAGAGUAGUGGUGCUGAAAGUGGUUCUUCAACGGACAAUCGGCUCGGUACUGACAAAGGUGAUAUAGUUGCAUUCUGUGAAGGGUUAGCUUACGAAAUUCUCUCUCAGGCAGUGUGCACGAGCAGUCGCCAGUUCAAGGAAGAUUGUAACAGUAUGCAGGGCUCCAACUGUCGCUCGACAAAACAGUUAGAUUUAGUAUCUUUAAAACCUGAACACAAUGCCACCUUUCACGACACUGACUGUGUUUCAGAUUCUGUAGUGACAGAAAGUAAUGAUGUUGCGCUUUCACAAUGUGGAGACACUGCUGUGGCUGCAGAUAUGUCCACAUUGUCCCUGUCAGCUGGCAAUGAUAGUACCAAGUCUGAAUUUAUUAAAAUAAAAAGUGACGAAAUUUUGUCUGAUAGCUCUGGAGUAGAUGUAGUAGCUGUUGAAGUCGCUGCUGACUUUGACAGUGUUGACAAGUUUAUAGAAUCAUGUCUUAGUAGUGACUCUGAUGAAGAGCAAGGUGAGGCAAUUGAUGUUCAGCAACCUUCAUCUUCUUCCAACGACGGAAUGUCUGAAUUGUACAAGGCUCAGGGAGCACGGCCAAAGCGCCCCACCAAGUUUUUUCCGCCACGCCCUUUACCGCCUGUGAUCCAAUGUGGGGUUCCAGGGCCUGUGAUUUUUCAUUCUGAUAACGACACGGAUAAGUGCACCUGGCAUAUGGAUGAUAUAAUCGAACAUCAGAAGCACAUAUUAACUCUGCUGAUGCAGAUAUUGGAGGACAAAUCUAGGACAGAACUAUGGUUUCUGACAGAGGUAGAGAAAGUGCAUCUGUUGCGGUUCUGCACCGAGAAAUUUUCUAGCUCUACCGCCGACUUUGAAACUAUCUUUGGCGAUGGGCUAUUCUUCAGGGAAUACGUUGAUUCUGAUUCUGAAGAUGAGAAUGAUCAGGACGAGGGCGAAAAUAACACACAUCAUGGGAUGCAAAUUAAGGAAUAUUUUUUGGAUGACGUUUCAGUCAGGAAAAUUCCCAUUACCAUUCUUUUUGCCAAUCACCUACUUCUUGAACAUGCCCUUAACAGGAAUGUUUGCCAGCAACCACACAUGCAGUUCGUAAGGUAUCGUAGUUUCGUGGACAGUGGUGUCUUUACGUGGAGUCGAUUUCACGACAUUCCUGAGGAAUCUCGUCGUGUCGUGGAGGCGAAAGUGCGAAGUUUUUUCCAUUACUGUCGAAAGAUGAUGGGGUAUGAGUGUGAAAAUGAACAGGACAGAGAGCUCAUGAGGUUGGAGCAAGAGAUCAUGGACGAGCAGCAGCAGAAGAUUGAGAGACGUCUACGCAAAGUUCAGGACCUGCCGACUUUCCAGGACGUCAUGGAGGAGAUUUCCACAUCCUUGUCUUCACAUAUUGAACCGGGCCGUGCUCUAAUAUCAUCCCCUUCAUCUAGGUCAGAUGACAGACAUAAAGUUCACAUCUGUACCCCUGACCCGGCGACCCCUGGCGCGCCUGAUGGCAAAGCGGCCCAUUCGAGGAAAUGUCCAUACGGGUUCAAAGGGCGGCGUUCUGAUAGAGCAGAGAACACGUGUAAACGUGUUCCACCCACAGCGCCACCAAGGACCGCAGACGCAGAGACAACGUACAGUGAAUCAGAGCGUCACGACUCCGUUGCCGUCAGCUACCAGCAAAAACCGCACCUCUCAACACUGUUGGCCGGAGUGACAUCCACGUCUCAGGCUGUGCAGGAGUUUCACCGCUUGUGUGAGCACGGCCUCACGACACCCGCCAGCUCCCCCUGCGUCAGUCAGUCUCUCUUUGUGGAUGAGGGGACCGGGGCGGCUGUCACACCUCCUCCAACCGACUACGACUCCGACUCGGAAGAUGAAAUGAUUACCCUGGAUACGUAUGCUCGCAUUAUGACCAGGCCCUUGCAACGGCGGCGGUCUGAGACGUCUACUCGGGACGACACAGUGUUCGCAAUCUACAGCUACACGCCUUUCUCCGGAGAGCUGGCCUACGCCGUGCGACGACGUCCCCCUCGACGCAAAGUCAAAGCCGUUGUUGUCCGAGGCCCGCGGGAAGUGUGCCUGGGUGUGGGCAGUCACGUGACGUUGGCUGUCUGGACGCAGAUGGACCAGCUGAUGAAGAAGCUGGUGCCCCACAUCUCCCCGAGGCUUGACUUUCGUUUUCUCCUUAAAAUCUACGAGCAAUUCAAGCAGAUUGUUUUGGUUCCGCGAAAGAAGAACUACUCGGUGAAGGGGUGCUAUCAGAUUGAGAGAAGUUGUACUCGCUUCCUGGAGUUCGUCUUCCUCAAACUCAUCCGCGACGAGCUCCGAGUGUUCUCCCACGUCAUGCGAAAGUCCAAAAUGGCCAAAGCUUUGGCGACAGAGGAGAAGGAGAUCAGCCUGAGCCUGGUGAGUCUCCUGUCCGUGGUCCUGGAGAACCUGGGCAAGAUGAAGCGGACCCUGCACAGGGAGCAUGUCAAUGGCUUCAAAGGGGUCAACGAGCCGGUCAACCCGCCAGACCCCUUCGCUGACCACCCGAUCGUGUUCCGGCACCCGAGCUACCGUGACUGGCAGUCUGAUCGAGAGACUUAUCGGCCGCCCCUUGAGCCGUCUGAGAUGGCCCAUGCUUGCAGUGAUGACGCCUUCUUCCUGCCGUACGUGUCUAAGACGCUGUCCACAUGGAUGUCGCCGGAACACCUGGGCUCUGCCGACCCCAACGUGCUUCUGGGGGGCACGCAGGUCAUGGCCGCACGCGUGUCUUCGGGGCCUGUCGAGGUGUUUGGGAACUUCCGAAAGG